GAGUGGUGUAGUGCGAGACUCUGUCCGUGUUGGACGUGUGUUUUGUGCUCAGGAAUCUUAGCUGUUAAUGCGAACAGAAGCUGCACGACGACUUCGAGUGGUCACGACAUACGAGACAUGUUGGGAAGAGGUUGUACGAGCGGGUUGCUGCUACUGCUGGUGGCAGUACACUGCGUCAGUGGUCUGGGGGGAGUGACUUUCCUGGGCACGGGGACAUCUAGUACCACCGUGACCGCGGGAACCACCGAUAUCCUGUCCUCCAUCUAUAGCCUCUUCAAUACCGGCUUGACUGGCAUCUCGAUCGGCACAGGGGCCACAAGUGGGACUGGACUUGAAAGCGUGGCUGGGUCUCUGGCCCUGCUGGCAGCAGCCCUCAAGGCGCCGCUGGUGGCUCUCUACCAGAUAUCUGCCGAGGUUGUGGUCAUGGUUGCACUCAUUCUUUUCAUCAGUUACAUCGCUUCCUUGCUUGGAAUCGAUGAUUUCCGUAAGCGCACAGGCAUCGCCGGCGCGGCGGCAGACGAAGGCUCCACAGACUCCUCGCCCUCUCGCAGCUUCUUCAGCAGGUUGCUGGAGACCGAAGCUGUACAGCACCUCACGGCCAGGGUGCAAGACGCUAUCGAAAACUUCGAUACAAAGGAAUUUCUCGCGAAACUUGAUAGUAGGUUCUAAAGAAUAGAUUCUUCAAUCCCUAAAAUAUUGAAGAUGGCUGGGGAUGAAGCGGGUUUAAUUACUUAUCGAGAAUUAAGUAUGGGGAAAUUUGUGGAAUUUCCUGAAAUGAAAGGUAUACAUGAAUGUUCUUAGACAUGAGUCCGGAAACAUUAAAGAGUGGUUUAGAACUUCAAUGUACGGUUGUUUGUGGUUCAAACACUGCAUUAGCUUUCUUAUUUCAUGAGGGAUCGUGUAAUUUUUAUUGGCAUUGGCAAAUUUUGAUUUAUUAUAAAAAUCCUUAAAACAUGCAAUCACACGGCCAGUCCUUGUAAUCUGUGUACGUGUAGAGGAGAUAAUCACGGUCGAGUUAAUAGUUCUUGUGCUGGCGCGGGGGGGGACAACUUUUGUCCUUAGGUUCUCAUUCUCGAUAUAUUUUAUUUCUAUUUAUUAUGUUACUAAUCAUCAAACCAUAAGUGUGAUUCGUGCUGAUCCUUUUUUAACGUAGUUAAUAAGUAAAGAAAAAAACGGAAGCUAAAUUUAAUAGCACGAGGUUUUCUAAAAAAGCUGUAUUAAAGAAAAAAUUACGUCUCACUGACGUUCACACCGAUUCCAAAGAGACCAAGAAAUGACCCCGAAUUUAUUUUCAAUUUUGACUGUGACAUGACGGGAACUGGAAAUGACAUGUUCGCUUACGCAUUUCGACUGCUGGCACGGCAUUUGAUGAUGUGCAUAGCUGCGACGCAAGCACUUGCCACUCACGGACAUUAUUAUUUUAGAUUAUUUAACGUGUAACCAAUGACUACUGAAGUGAAGCUGUAGGAGCGACAAGUUAGCGGACUCUUGGAUGUGUUUAACUGUUUAUAAUACGGUGGAAAAUUCUAAGUAGUAACUUGAAUGGCGUGUGGUGUGACGCGAGUGUUUCUCGUAAGGAGUAAAGAUGACUCGAGUAAGGUAGGACCGUUCUAGGUUUUUUAACUUUUCUUUAAUUGUUUUCAAUUUUGCCAGAUUUAAAUGAAAGCUAGACUCACCGAGCGACAGUAAUCAUUAUGCAAAUUAAGUCACCAACAUGCCAUUAGAGCGUUAUUAGAAGUAAGCUGGCUUGUAGUCGAACUUGUAAUUUCAUGUUGGUGGCUUUAAAGUCAUAGCUUUCAUUAGAAGCUCGUUUAACUGUUCUCCAAACUUUAUGUUCAUCCUAAUUUAUUUGAUAUUCUACUUUAAUCUGACAUGCAGGUGACGGAAAAUUCGACUUCGACAAAAUAGAAUUCAUUAUUGUGACAAUGACUACAAUGACUAACAUCACAAUGAUGACUAGAUACCAAUGACUAAUAUGACAAUCACGACUAGAUACCGAUGACUAACAUGUCGAUAAUUACUAAGAUACCGACGAAUAGCAUGUCAAUAAUGACUAAGAUACCGAUGACUUGCAAUGAUGACUAAGAUACCGAUGACUAAUAUGACAAUGAUGAAUAAGAUACCAAUGACUUACUUACAAUAACGACUAAGAAACAAAUAACUAAGAUGACUAUGAAGGCAAUGACCAAGGUGAAAAUUAUGACAAUGUCAUCGUUAAAAAUAACUUCUACGACUGAGAGGGCAAUGAUGACAAUGACUAAGAUGGCCAUGACUUUCAUGACUAAGAUGACCAUGACUUUCAUGACUAAGAUGCCAGACUUUCAUGACUAAGAUGACCAUGACUUUCAUGACUAAGAUGACCAUGACUUUCAUGACUAAGAUGACCAUGACUUUCAUGACUAAGAUGACCAUGACUUUCAUGAAUAAGAGGACCAAUACUUUCAUGACUAAGAGGACCACGACUUUAAUGACUAAGAUGACCAUAACUUCCAUGACAAAGAUGACAAUGAUCAGGUUGACUAAUAUGAAAAUUAUGACAAUGACCUCACAGACUUAGAUGACCAUAUCACAACGAAUACGUUGACCUCGACUAACAUAUAAGUGACUUCAAUGACUUAGCAGUUUCGCGACUUAUGUUUGUUAUAUGUGAGCAUGUAAUAUUAACCUGUAGAUAAGAUUAUUUGUGUAUAUGUACAUAUGAUACAAGUGAGCAACUAGGAUAAUUAUUUAUUUUUGUACAAAAAGAACGCGUUCAUUGCUUCAGGCAUGCGCGCGACGCUUGGAAUGAAGAGUAGACAGAUGUUUUCUGUCAGCAUUAUGACGCGACGUGAAACAGACGUUUUCUGUCAGCAUUAUGACAUGACGUGAAACAAAUGUUUUCUGUCAGCAUUAUGACGCGACGUAAAACAAAUCUUUUCCGUCAGCAUUUUGACACGACGUGAAACAAAUGUUUUCUGUCAGCAUUAUGACGCGACGUGAAACAGAUCUUUUCUGUCGCAUUUUGACUCGACGUUUAUCUUUGUUUUGCUUUAACUGUAUUCCCCGACGUAAUUAAUCUAUACUGAGAAUAUCCCUCAUCUAAGCUCUGCAUUAAGUUUUACCUCAACUCGAAACUCAAUUAUUAUCUUGGAUUGUGUUGUGCUUAUAGGAAAACUGGACGAAUAAAAAUUGUUGCUAUACACUCGAAAAUUUUUUCAACUUUAUUACUAGCAACCAUGCCACUUAGAAACCAGAAGUAAAAUCCGCUAAUUUAGUGAUUUCGUUAUCAAAAUAAGUCUUUUUUAGUCGCUUAAAUAUAGCACAGCAAAACCGCUCGUUCUCGCGCACGACGAGCUUGUCAACUCUGCCAUGACGAACGUUUCUUUUUACAUGACUAACCUUAACUCGAUGUAUUUUAACGUGUGACAAAAUGUGACCCGACUGAUGAUGUGACGUUGUUGAUUGAUGUUACUUUGACUUGAUUGUUGUUGAGUUGUUGAUUAUUUAUUUAAUAAAUACAAUGUUAAAACCUUAA